AUGAUUCCAAUGUAUUUUCUAACUAGUUUAUUGACAGGUGGAGUCUUUAUGACGACAUUACCCACGGUUUUUCAGACUUGUCAUUUCAUAAUAAAUUUUAUCUACAAAUCAUUCAUCAUGCCUCAACAUUUGAAAAGGUUAUUUGAUCAUGUCAUCAACACUAAUAUGGCUUUAAAAUAUAAUAAAUUUCCGAGAGGAGUUUUAAACAAUUAUCUACCAGGUUAUUACGGCGAAACAUUUUUUGGGAAAACCUUCCGAAACUUACAAAGAAUGUGCUCUCCUAUACUAUGGCUAUCAAAUCUAAUGGUUUGCUUCUCUAUCAAUAUGAUACCUUUUGUUGGCCCGGUACUAGUAGUUUUUCUCCGAGGCCCAAAAUCGGGUUUUAAAAAGCAUCAAAGAUAUUUUUAUCUAAAAGGACUAACCAAUGCCCAAGUUUACUAUAUAUGGCUCAAUAUGAGAACUACAUAUUUUAUGUUUGGGGUGCUCACAUUAUUUUUAGAAAUGACUCCAAUCAUUGGAUAUCUAUUUGUGUUCACAAAUACAAUCGGAGCGGCCUGCUGGGCAGUAGAUAUCGAAGAUAAGCUAUACAAACAAAUGCUUGCAAAUGUACUUGUAAAAGAAGAAGGUAAAUGA